GUCACGUCCAUAGAGCUUACAAGAUAUCAUCUUUUGAAACACCGCUAUAUAGAAUCUAUGUGGCGAAUUACUUACCUGUUAUUACUUCCCCUGUUUGUAAGAGGAAGAGGUUAUCAUCUAUUGGUAAUGGUCUUGAUGAGCUUACGGAGGGGAUGUAUCUUGGGAGAAAGAGAAGGAAAAAAAGCACAGGCGCUUCGGAAAAGCAAUGAGGCUCUUAAUACCAGCGCGUCGGAAAUCUCUUCAUGCCCAAUGAUUAGGACUCAUAUAUGGGUUAUUAUUACCCUCUCCCAUCCAUAAGUGGAAGCGUAGUAUGCAUUUUACCAGAAACAGAAGCUGAAGCUGAAGCUGAGCGAAGCUGAAAACACUUCGUCCUCGGGAAGCCCAAGAGGCCACAACACGGGCCGAGUGGUGCUUUUUUUUUCGCGGCCCAACCCACCACCCAACAGUAUUCGGACCAUUCGUAUUACUCCAUAUACCGCCGCCUGUUUCGACAAGCCUCCACAACGUACCUACCUAAGGUAUGCAAGGCGUGUCUUUCCCAGGCGGCUAUUUGGUCGAACUCCGCACCCUUGGG